AUGGAGCUCAGGCGGAAACGAGCUGCCACGCCGCAGAAGCCAUCACGCCUGCAGCCAACAGAACCCUUACAUAUGACUACACGUGCCGCAUCCAAGGCUGCUUCUUCAAACGGAGGAUCUAGUCGACGGGGUUCUCUCUAUUCCAACGGACAAAUCAGUCCAAUGGCUGCUAUCGAAAAUGAAGGCGAGAGAUAUCCAAAGCGAAGAAGAGUAUCACUGGUAUCCAAGUCAACGCCAACCGGAGCUGUCUAUACCUCACAGUCAUCAUCAUCCAGGCCCUCUACAAGGAGCAUGUCUGGUGGCAAUCUCCAUUCAAUUGCCGAAUCGUCUCCUGUGCCUCGCAGNAAAAGGAAACGGACAUCAGAUGUCACAGCUGAGAACAUCUCAGUGGCUCAGCCCAUAAAAAGUAUGGAUGACUUCGAGCGGGCUCUACAAUCUCCAGCCACGAAGAAGCAGCCACCCAGGAAGGUUAAGAGGUCGUCAUAUUCAUCCCAAGAUCAGGAUACUGCCGAUGAAGACGACGAAGACUCCGUAGACAGCGACGCAGAUGCUGCAGAGGACGAUGCGAAAGACACGGUAGAAAGUUUCAACGACACACAACUCUCUGCAAAUGAUCAUGACAAAGAAGCGUCAGGCCAUGGUAUUAACGGUAUUACGAAUGGUGCAGCAGGCAACUUCGACAAAGACAACAGCAUUCACGACGUUGAGGUCUCUGGAAACGGAGAGCAGGAUCUUCUGGAUCAACAGCCAGGUGGAAUACCUGGCCCAGAAAGUUUUGCAGAGCAGCCAGGCGAUACUCAGCCUGAUAAUUCUGCACCGCAAGGGUCUAUGAAUUCUCAGGAUGAGGAGCUAGAAACAGGAUUGGAUGGAGACGAUGCAGGGCGCGGCUACGAUGAAGACGCAGAUUUGGACAAUUCGCGUGAUGAACUGACCUUGCCUGAACAAAUCGGCAUAGCAACGCUUGACCCUACACCUGUUGUUUCUGCCGCGGCAUCGCCAGCCGGCUCAAACCAAGACUCGAAUGCAGAUCAAGAUUCGCCAACUAAACGAUCGGCCUCAGUCCUUGCCGGAGGCGCAAUAACGGCAAGUCAAGAUGGCGACAAGCCAGUCAAACGUCUGCCAGGAAGACGCAGAGCUCCCCAUGCCAANCCCAAAGUUGAAGCUGCCCUACGCAGACAAUUGCAUCUGCGUAUGGCGUACCGGGCAGUAGCAAAGAAUCUGAAGCCCAUUCUUGCUGAGCUCGCGAAGCGAAGUCUCGGCAGCAUCCACAAAAGUCCUGAAGCGCACACAGCCUUCUCAGAAUAUCCGAUCAUCAAGAAGGGCCUCAACGAGAAGUUUGAAGAGCGUCUUGCUUGGAUUCAGAAACAGAAAGACCUCAACAANAAGAGAUUGGACGACAUAUUGGCAGAGCAGAUGGCGAUGCGGAGGAGAAACUUUGAGCACGACUUUCUGAACACUUUGCGUCAGCAGCAGCAGGCUGAAGAUGAUGACUACAGCGAUGAUGAGGGUGACGAUGUCAUUCCCUCACUACGACGAGUCACAGCCAAAGGUGCUCUUCGAGGUAUUUUGGGUCCUGAAUACCACUGGCGAAGUCGGCCUGCUUUGGAGACUGAGAGACUGUUCAACGAAAUGCACGAACGACACCGGUUUGCUCACGAACAUCUCCAGCACGAUGAAAAAUCUGCUCUUGAAGACCCUCGACCAUUCACCACCUUCGACCCUGUUGUCAGAGAAGCAGCGGAUGCUCAACGAAAAAUGAGAGAGCUUCUUUCUGCUUUGGGAGAAGCUGCAGAAGAGGUUGCAAGACCACCUCCUGUACCGAUCGUUGAGGCUCCACCAGCAAUUCCAGUCAUACCAAACACCGAGGCACUCGGUCUGUUGAUGCUGGCCGAAGUAUCGACUACUGCCAACAUCGCCACACCUGCACAGUUUGAAAGCACCUCAAUAGCCCAAAAGGAUCCUCCUUCAGACAUACCCUCACGGCAGGAUAAUCUGAGUGUACCAAGACCUAGCAUGUCUCGUGCGGGAAGUGUUGCUACGUCAGCUCCUUCAACAAAUACACCGGCGAAGACUCUGGAAGAACCUGUUCCUGAAACACGCCUGCCAACAACCACGCCUAUUAGUUUUAGUCAAGCUGUGCUCGAGCCGUCGACAACUCAGACCGCUCCUCUCUUGCCACGAACCACACAGCAUGAGCAGCAUGAGCAAAGGCCUCAGUCAGGACUUCCCCAACUCCCACCGAUAGGCCAAGUUGUGGCAUCACAGACACACGCGGAGUCAAUGCCGCAACCAGUGACUACGUCUUCGUCGCUACCGACACCAUCAAAAUCCGUUGCUACCGACUUUUGGUCAAGCCUCGCUGUGAACAGCAUCAAGACUAAUCCGCAAGGCAAAGCUGAAUUUGCUCCCAAAGCAGGAGUCCAGCAGAUUCCAACCACUGAGCAAUCUAAUAGCAGUGGUGUGGACAAUGCGAAGACAGAAGAAAGAGAAUCUCGACUGUCGUUGACUGGUUCCUCGACUACUCUGGAACCUUUACAUCAGACGUUGAGGAACACGUCGGAUUCUUUCGGUCCACUGCUUGACAGGCCAGGCGAUCUCGAUGAUCCCAAGCCACGCAAGAUGCCUGCACCUAAGAAGUCUCUGUACGGACCUUGGCCUCGGAGUCGGAACUACAACCCACUGGACAGAAGAGCGAGCACAACAAGCACGGCGCCAUCUCAAUCCAAUUUACCAGGCAUCCAUCCGAGACCAUCGAGUGGACUCGGCGGAACUGGACCUUACAGUACCUCAGAGUCCCGGCACACGAACUAUGCGCCGGCACCUCCACCAUCACUGCCGGGCUUUCCUAACUCUGCACCACAAACAGGGCCGUAUGGUCCAGCACCUAUAUAUGGCGCGGCACCUCCACCUCCGUACGCCUACGAACAACGAGGCCCGUACCCUCCAAUUACACCAUACGCACCACCAGGAGGGUUUGCAGGAGUGCCUGGAGGACCAAUGCAGCAAGGUCAGGGACCACCUCCGUUCUAUGGUGGACCUCACAAUCUGCCCCCUCCAUCUCAACAACAAGGUGGAUACCCACCUAUAACAUCUCGUCCUCCACCAACGCCACCAGCGUAUGGGCCGCAGUACGGAGGCCAGCCUAUACUUCCAGCCAACCAUGACCCCCGAUUUGGACCUAAUGGGCAGCCAGUAUCGAACAAUGCCGGGCCAGCUUUUGCACAAUACCAGCAGCAUGAUGGAAGGAGAAGGCGGAACCAGAGUCUUGGGCACAGAGAGUUUCAGCAUUAUCACGGACCUCGAUGA